GUUAACGGAAUCGCCAGUUUGAACAACCAAUCUAUCUCCUUCUUCUCACCAUCAAAAGCCUAAUACGAACUCCAUCAAGAAAAUUCCCACUACCAAUUUUUUGAUUUUCCAACAAAAAUGAUCAGACCCAACAGGCACACAUAGCCUAUGAUUGUUUGUUGUUUAUACAGAAUCUCCGUCGAUGGCGAAAUCCGAGAAUUCAAAAUCCUCUUCGCUGCCGCCCCACGCUCCGUCAUCCGCGAAGAUCCAUCCGUCCAGCGACCCCGAGACUGAUCCCAACUCAUACUCGCUCGAGAAGUUCAUGCUCUACGAGACUAGAGCGAGAUAUUAUCUUAUUGGAAGUGAUCGAAAGAAGAGGUUCUUUCGAGUUUUAAAGAUUGAUCGCUUGGAGCCCUCUGAACUCAGUAUCAGUGAGGAUCAAGUGGUUUAUUCGCCACAAGAAAUCAAGAAUUUGCUUCAGCGGAUCGCUGAAGGUAAUCGUGCAACUGGAGGGCUAACCUUUGUGGUUAAAUUUUAUGGGAUCGCAGGUUGUAUAAAGUUUUUGGAGUCGUAUUAUUUGAUUCUGGUUACAAAGCGUAGGCAAAUAGGAUGCUUAUGUGGCCGUGCUAUAUAUAGCAUAGAUGAGAGCCAGUUGAUUACAGUUCCACAUGUCUCAAUUCAAACUGAUGUGGCUCACUCUAAAACCGAGCUUAGGUACAAAAAGUUGUUGUCCAGUGUAGAUUUGACCAAAGAUUUUUUCUAUAGUUAUACAUAUCCCAUAAUGCGAAGCUUGCAAAAAAAUGUACUGUCAAUGUGUGAGGAGGGGAUGCCAUAUGAUAGCAUAUUUGUGUGGAAUGCUUAUCUGACUCAAGCCAUUCGAUCAAGAUGUGGCAACACUAUUUGGACUAUAGCAUUAGUUCAUGGGAAUUUUAAGCAGAUUAGGCUGUCAAUAUUUGGAAGGGACUUCAGUCUUUCUCUUGUUUCUAGACGAUCUCGGCACUUUGCAGGGACCCGGUAUUUGAAAAGGGGAGUGAAUGACCGAGGAAGAGUUGCAAAUGAUGUUGAGACAGAGCAAAUCGUCCUUGAUGAAGAAGCCGGGUCAUGCAAGGGAAAGAUGAGUUCUGUCGUGCAAAUGCGUGGUUCAAUUCCCCUUUUCUGGUCCCAAGAAGCUUCAAGAUUUAGUCCCAAGCCUGAUAUAAUAUUGCAGCGGUAUGAUCCCACCUACGAGGCAACCAAAUUGCAUUUUGAAGAUCUCAUGAUGAGAUAUGGCAACCCAAUAAUUGUGCUUAAUUUAAUUAAGACCGUUGAAAAAAGGCCUCGAGAAAUGAUGCUAAGGCGCGAGUUUGCUAAUGCAGUUGGUUAUCUGAACACAAUUUUCUCAGAAGAAAACCAUCUUAAAUUUAUUCACUGGGACUUUCACAAGUUUGCAAAGAGCAAGUCAGCCAAUGUCUUGGCUGUUUUGGGUGCUGUAGCAAGUGAAGCACUUGAUUUAACUGGAUUUUACUAUAGCGGUAAACCUCUUGUUGUUAAGAAGCGGGCCCAACAAAUUAGUAGAACGAGCACCGGCAGAGAUGCGUCAGUUAGAGAUCUGAGAGCAAGUUCAGGAGAUCUCACAAGGAUUGGAAGUAGCAAUGAGAAUUUAAAUUCCAUUACUAAUCGAGACAGAGAGACCGAUAGUAGUGAACAUAAUAAAAAAGAGAAAGCUGGCCCUCAGGAACCUCUUUUUCAAAGUGGAGUUUUUCGAACUAACUGCAUUGACUGCUUGGAUCGUACAAAUGUUGCUCAAUAUGCUUAUGGUCUAGCAGCUUUAGGCCGUCAACUUCAUGCAAUGGGUUUGACCGACAUACCCAAAGUGGAUGCUGAUAGCACCAUUGCUGCAGCUCUUAUGGAUAUGUAUCAGAGUAUGGGAGACGCACUUGCCCAACAAUAUGGAGGCUCUGCAGCUCAUAACACGGUAUUUCUAGAGCGGCAGGGAAAGUGGAGAGCUACUACUCAAUCUAGAGAAUUUCUAAAGUCUAUCAAGCGCUACUACAGCAAUACCUACACCGAUGGGGAAAAGCAAGAUGCAAUAAACUUAUUUUUGGGUUACUUCCAACCGCAGGAAGGGAAACCUGCUCUUUGGGAGUUGGAUUCUGAUUAUUAUCUUCAUGUAUCUGGGAUUGGAGAUGACGUAUUCCCUGAUAAAUGUUUGCAAGCCAGAGCUACUCCUAUAGGAGUUGGCAUGAAACUUUCCCCUACUCCUGCUUGCAAAGAAGACUUUUCGCGGAUGCAGUUGACAUCAUUUGAUAAAUUGAUAGAGAUUACAUGCAGUGCAAUAAAGAAUGUAAGACUUUGCAGCGAACCAGACCAAAGACUAGGUGGCAUUGCAGGAAAUCCUGGUGUAGCACCCGAUGCAGCUGAAAUUCAGAUGAAAAGCCCAAAUUGGCUUUUCGGCCAGAGAAAGUUUGAAGAAAGUGGCUCCGCCCCUAAAGCGGCUUCUCAUGAAAUUGCAGAUGGAUUAUGCCACAGUGAGAUGAUUGCUAACAGCGUCUACAACUUAAAUACGCUCUGUCCUGCUCAUGAUAUGAAUGAAGAGGACAUUUUCCAGAGGUACCUUGCAAUAACCUCGGUUGACAAAGCCAACGGUUGGUAUGGCGGUACACUAAUGGGUGAUCGUGAUGAAAAUAGUGAAAUCUAUCAGAAUUAUACUGAAUUAUGUCAGGGUCUGGUUAUGGAUCCCUUCCAGCAUGAUCCUGAGAUAGAGAAGCACUAUGCUAAUUUUCUAGACCUGAGUACAAUCGAUACUGAAAUGGAUGCUGUUAAAGAAACAGAAGCAGCUCUAGAGGAAUAUGAGAAAAUUGGUGCUGAUCUCGGUAUCAUUCCGAAGUCAUGUAUUUCCAUUGCUGAAGAUCCAUGCUGGUUGACAAGAUGGAUCAUUGGGGAUGAGAAGAUUCAUACUAGUUGAAAACAAAUGUUUUGCCUUUCACAGAUUUGUGUUCUCACUCUGUUAGUAAAGUUGUAAAAAUGAGCUAGGAAAGGCGGGCUGAUAAGUGUAUAACUGAAUCAUGCUUGCAAAUGUACUUCUUCACAGGCUGAUUUGUAUUGAGGCCAUGGUACUUGAAAAGUUGAAGUAUUGCUUAAAAUGCAAAGUCCAAUAAGAUGUGCGUUUUAUCA